UCUCAGUUAACGCAUUCAAUUUUCAUCAUUCAUACAUGCGAUAUGUUGCCAAUUAAAAUAUUAUAUGUUAGUAUUUGCCUAAAUUAUGUGGUCGGUCAGUCAACAGAUAUUGAAAAUACAAAUUUAAUUUUUCUUAUUGAUGAACCGCGGGAUCAAUAUGACGUGUUGCGUCAUAUAUUAGGUGAAAUCCACAGUUUCAUAGAACUUGAUUACACGACAUUAGUAUACAACAGUGCAUCAGUUAAAAUAUCCGACUACACAAAAAGUCAUAGACAAGUAUCCAAGACGCAGGAAGUCGCUGUACCCACCACACUUGAAGAAUAUACGAGAGAUUUGCUCUUUGUAAUUGAUUUGGCAUUGAGUAUAAUUCCACCCAUUACGAAGAUCAGUGACUAUAAAAAUUCAUACAUAUUCGUUUUGUCAAAUUACCAGAACCCUGUUCACACGUCAGCUGGACUUUCAAAUACAUUACGGGAAGCUUUAAAAAAACAUGUUCAGGUAUCAUUUUUAACUACGGAGUUUUUGAUGACUGAAGUCAGUGCGCACUAUGAAAUUAGUCUAACUCUAAGCAACGCGACAGGUGGUGUAUUUCUUCCAAUAGACGAACUUAAUCCUUCAGUACUUUGGUACAUAAAGGAUGAAUUAAUACAUAAAUGGAUUCUAGUGGAUACAAAAAUAUUAAAUGCGUACUAUGAGCACACCGUGUUUGGGUUUACAGUGGAUAAGCAAACAAUAAAUGAGUACAGUAUUAUUGUAAUUGGAGAUGAAGCUGAAUUGUUAUCAUUAACUAAUUAUAGAAAUGAGGCUAUAGAAUAUAUGCCCAAAAAAUUGUCAAAAUACGUGGUCGCAAGCGUAUUUAAAGCCAGUACUGGUUUAAAUUUCGCACACGUCACAUGUUACGAUAGAUGCCAAGUUAUAAUCAGAGCUACUUCAAAACUAAGCUUCACACCUGGAUUUUCUGCCGGGGAACCGUCACCUAGAAGCAUAAUAUUUUCUUCUCCACUAACAUACAUUAAAUCGUAUUUAACAAUUAAAGUUGAGAAAUACAAUGAAAAUAUCGAUAUAUUAUCGGCCGAAGUAUAUAAUCGAAACGAUUGGUCUCAAUCACUCAAAAUACACAAGAUAUACGAAAAUUUCUACGCGUCAGACGAACCGCUAUUCUUUCCAGAAGGUCUAAUUGGAGUAAGGAUUAACGGUGUCAUAAACGACUCAAAUGAAACAUUUACAAGCAUCUACCCGCGAUUAAUUUUGCCAUUUGAUCAGAACGAUUCGCUAAUAACACUUACUAUAUCAAUUGGAGAUAAUUUGACCCUGGAAUGUCCUGUACAAUUAGCCGGUGAAUGGAUGUUUUCCUCUUCCGGUCAUAGUACACUAUUGGCUCUAAGUACCGGGAUACAUUAUUUCAAAAUAAAAUGGGCUGGACUUGAAGAUGCUGGCAUAUAUCUGUGUGUAAAGAACAGUACAAUCAUUACUUCAUAUAAAGUACGAGUGCAAGCACCACCUACUAUUAGCAGGGUACGCGAAAGAAUCAUAAUCGCAGUGAUCGGUGAUCCAGUUGUAGUGAUGACGUGUCUUGCCACAGGCAGCCCUGAACCCAAUGUUACGUGGUCAUUUAAUCACACUAAAGAAUGUACCAAGUGUAGUACAACUGUUAACAAUUCUUUAGUUUUACAUAAUGUAACGGCUGAUUCUGCUGGCACAUACACCUGUAAGGCACAAAAUUCCCUGGGUUCAGCGUGGGAAUACUAUGUUCUUACUGUGCAAGCACCACCUACUAUUAGCAGGGUACGCGAAAGAAUCAUAAUCGCAGUGAUCGGUGAUCCAGUUGUAGUGAUGCCGUGUCUUGCCACAGGCAGCCCUGAACCCAAUGUUACGUGGUCAUUUAAUCACACUAAAGAAUGUACCAAGUGUAGUACAACUGUUAACAAUUCUUUAGUUUUACAUAAUGUAACGGCUGAAUCUGCUGGUAUUUACACAUGUAAGGCACAAAAUUCCCUUGGUUCAGCGUGGGAAUACUAUGUUCUUACUGUGCAAGGAGCACCUUCACAAUCACACAUACGCAAGACUUUAGUUAUUAUUAAGGAUAGAAAAAGUAAUAUCGAUUGUAAAAUACCGCAUUCAGAAGAAGACAUCCAGAGAUGGUAUCGAGACGGAAACUUUCUUAUGAAUGGAAAUUUAAGGCUCCAUGGACGCUUACAAGAUUCCGGAGUAUAUACGUGUCGGGUUAUUGGAUUGGCCGGCAUGAUGGAAUAUACAGUUAAUUUAACUGUCUGUUUACCACCGCGGUUCAUCCGGCAGGAGCCUUCAACUGUUGCUGCUUCUACUAUAUUACACUGUAAUGUUGCAGAUUUUGGUGAAUAUAAGUUUACUUGGGCGAAAGAUGGCGUAAAAUUUAAAGUAAUUGAACCGAUAAUAUUUGCGAAGCAGCCCGGGUUAUACACUUGUGAAGUGACGUCACAUUGCGGAAAGAUAUCACGGCAAUUUAAUGUUGUUAAAGGUGGCUGUAUAUUGAAAGUUGACAGCGAGUUUGAUGGCAUAAAGCCUUUUAUUUUGCAUUCAAAAGGACACUUGCUCUCUCCAAUGUAUAACACUCUAAACGACGCUGUUUUUGUUGAAAAUGGAAAAUCAGUACGCUUUCACUGCGGCUUAAACAUAAGUCUUUACCAUGACAAGCAUAUUUUAUCGGAUCAUUUCGUGGAAGGUCAAUGCCUAAAGGGGUCACAUUUUAAAAUUAAAGGGCGUUCGUAUGAUUUUAAAAACUUAUCCUGUGAACGACGGUUGAAUAAAAUAGUGCGAAAUGACGAAGUAAGAUGUGGUUUCCGCAAACAUUUAAAAAAUAUUAAUUAUCAUUUUGGAAUGACUUCGGUAAGGUUAUACGAGGUGUGUGUGGCCGAUUCAGAACCCGUUUAUAUAAGACACAGACUGAACAAAGCAAGGGCCAAUACGAUUACGCUUGAAGAUACACCUCAACUGUUCGAAAAUCGCCAGUAUCUCGAAAAUAAGUGUUUCAGUGAUAACAAUGAUUCCGGCUUUUGCUUUAAAAGUAGACAACUAUUAAACGCAAGGGAUGUGUAUCCUGGCCAAGCCUUUACUACGACAUUUUCUAAUUAUAAUAUAGUACCUGAGUGGAGACACGAACGGUCUAAUUGGGAAGAGCUUGAGGGACGCGUUCGAAUGGUAGCAAAUUCAGCACAGAAAUCUGCAGAGGUGUAUGUUUACAAUGGUGUGAUUUACACUAGUAAUUUAAAAAAACAUAUCAAAAGAACUGUCACUCCGAAUGACAAUUAUACAGUUAUUUACAAAAAUAUCGCCAACCAACAAAACAUUAAAAACACACCAAUGUUUUUGUUCAAGGCUGUACACAACUUUAACGAUCGCACGGGAGUAGCUUUUAUACAAUUAAAUAAUCCCAACGUGACCCAGGAAAAGGAAGCUGAAAAAUACGUAUUUUGUGUAGACAUUUGUGAGGAAAUAGAGUGGUUGGGAAAUGGAGAUUGGAAAAACCCAAAACGGGGCUAUAUUUACUGUUGUACUAUCAAAGAAUUUAAUAUUUUUUUUAGUAAUGUACUUAUUAUACAACACACCAACGGAGUCUUAAAGAAAAUUUAAAAUUUACUUUAAAUUUUACACAUUAUAAAUUGAUCAAUUUAGAAUGUGUAAAAUUUAAAAUCUAUUUCUAUAUAGCCUCGAUUACGGUUAAGAUUUAGCGCAAACGUAUAAUAAUAAUCAAAUACGUUUCUGAUAUAUGGGUGACGUAGUAAGCGCCGAGUCCUUAAUCACUGAUACAAAAUGAUCCAUGUUAUCGCUGACUAUGAUUCCUAUAAAGCAUUGAAAACUUCGAGUAAUGGAACUCAUAUAAUAAAUUUACGAUUCUAUCCGUUCUAGGAGUUUUAUUUUAAUGUGGAGUUCCCUUGCAAAUAAUAUGAGAGCCCACAAGAAGUACGCAUCAAAUCGCAUCAAGUGAAAGAUUCAAUUAUUCAAAAAUAUUUGAUUGGAAAUCGUUCAUAUAGCAUCAUCGCAAUAUUCGUAAUAGUUUUAUUUUUUUAAUUAUACUAAAUGUUGUCUGUAUUGUAGUUGAAUUUAAGCUGACAUGGGAAACAUUUUUGUCAGAAUCAAGGAAAUUCUGGAAGAUUACGAAAAAUUUAGAAACCUUAAUACAAUUGGCCUAUUCAAAUUUUUCUCUCAUAUAAGCUUUUUCAUAAUGCUGUGUAGAACCGUUACAAAUAUUCUAGGUGACUCAGGAUCGCCUUGUCCAACACCUCUGCUUAUUUUAAUUUCCGGACCUAUAUUGUCUAACUUCACGCGGCAUUCGCUUUCAUGGUUUAUGUAAUUUGGAAUAAUAUAACGUUUUCGAUUAUUUCUACUUUUAGUUUUUAGUGUAACGACUCCAAUUCCAACAAUUUGUAUUACGUAUUGGAAAGUUUCUUGCCAGUUCUUCCUGCCCGCU